AUGGCGGGCAGGGGGCGCAAGGUGCUUACUCUUCAGUUGGGACAUUUCGCUGGUUUUGUGGGAGCUCACUGGUGGAACCAGCAGGAUGCUGCUCUGGGCCGCCCCACCGAUGCCCAGGAGGCGCCAGGAGAACUGUGCCCCGAUGUCCUGUACCGGGCAGGCCGAACCCUGCAUGGCCAGGACACCUACACGCCGCGGCUCAUCCUCAUGGAUCUGAAAGGUAGUCUCAGCUCCCUGAAACAGGAAGGUGGACUCUACAGGGACAAACAACUAGAUGCUACAAUAGCAUGGCAGGGGAAGCUCACUACACACAAAGAAGAACUCUACCCCAAAAACCCUUAUGUUCAUGACCUGCUGAGUGCAGAGGGAGAGCUGAGUAGUGAUGGUGUCUGGAGGGUCAAAUCCAUCCCCAAUGGCAAAGGUCCCCCGACACACACCACUGCUAAAACACCAAAACCACCCACCCCAACAGUGGGCAGCAUCAGAGUUUGGUCAGACUUCCUCCGAGUCCAUCUCCAUCCCCGAAGCAUCUGUAUGAUCCACAAAUACAACCACGAUGGAGAAACAGGUCGGCUGGAAGCUUUUGGUCAAGGGGAGAGUAUCCUGAAGGAACCAGGCUACUUGGAAGAGCUGGAGGACAGGCUACACUUCUACGUGGAGGAGUGUGACUACCUGCAGGGUUUCCAGAUCCUGUGUGACCUGCACGAUGGCUUUUCUGGGGUAGGCGCCAAGACGGCAGAGUUGCUACAGGAUGAAUACUCAGGGCGGGGGAUACUAGCCUGGGGCCUGCUCCCUGGUCCCUACAACCUUCAGGAACCCCAGAAGAACAUCUACCGUCUGUUAAACACAGCAUUUGGACUGGUGCACUUGACUGCUCACAGCUCUCUCGUCUGUCCCUUAUCCCUGGGUGGAAGCCUGGGCUUGCGGCCUGAGCCACCUGUCACCUUUCCACAGCUGCAUUAUGAUGCCAGCUUGCCCUUCCACUGCAGUGCCAUCCUGGCUACCGCCCUGGACACACUCACUGUUCCUUAUCGCCUGCAUUCCUCACCUAUUUCAAUGGUUCAUAUGGCUGAUAUGCUGAGCUACUCUGGGAAAAAGGUGGUGACAGCAGGAGCCACCAUCCCAUUCCCUUCAGGCCAAUCCCUUCCUGAUACCCUGGUGCAGCUUGCGGGUGCCACUCCUUGGACCCCGCUGUCUGCAUGUGGGGACUCAUCUGGAGCACGCUGCUUUGCCCAGUCAGUGGUGCUAAGAGGUCUAGAAAGAGUAUUCCACACCAGUCACCUCACCCCAGGGACACCUCCGCCCUCCCAGCUCCAUGCCUGUGCCACUGGGGAAGAAGUCUUGGCCCAGUAUUUACAGCAGCAGCAGCCUCGAGCUUUGAGUUCUUCCCAUCUGCUGCUGACUCCUUGUAAGGUGGUCCCUCCUUACCCACACUUCUCCUCAAGCUUCAGCCAACAGGGUUCACCUUCUGGAGGGGCAGAGGGGAAGAGCAUCCCAGUCUUGGGGGCCCUAUAUUCCUCUUCAUCUUUGCACCAGACACUGAGAGACUUGGCCAAAGAACUCACCAACCUUGACUUGCGGCGCUGGGCCAGCUUCAUGGCUGCUGGGGUGGAGCAGGAGGACCUAGAGGAGCUGCUGCAGGAGCUCAACAGUCUGGCCCGGUGCUACCAGGACAGCAGCAGCCUCGUGGACUGA